AUGGCUCAAGGUCUGAUCAAGAAACCGUCCAAAACCACCGCGUCCAAAUCUUCGUCUGCGAUCACAAAGAAAGGUUCACGAACCAUCACGCCUAAGAAAACCAAACUGUUGAAACAGGCCAAGCUCAACAAGAAACUAACGUCAGGCUUGACAGCGAAAACCGAAGCUAUGCUUGGUGAGCGCGCCGGCCACCUGGAAAUGCUAGGUCAUGGUAGAAAAAAGGGUGUGGCAGGCGGUAAAGCAGGCAGUGGCAAGAAUAGUGGCAAGAAGUCCUAA